AAACGGAGAAACUAAUGAGAAAAGGCGGAGAUUUCGAAGACAAACCACCACCCCAACUGUGCUCUAGAGCAGAGACUUUAUAUUUAUUUUUUGGUCUCAAGCUCUCGAUUUUGCCCCCAAAUUUUAAGUAUAAAUUGCUAUCUGGACCCCCACUACUCCAUUUCCGGUUCGUUAGAUCCUCCAAAGAUAUCGUUCCUCACCUGCAUUUUGCCUGAUUCGAUUCGCUUCGCUCUCUCCUUCCAUGGAGUCCCCUGCUGUGCUCCGAUCCUUCCCCUGUUCUGCUGGCGCUGUUUCAAAUGCACGGUCCUUACUUGUGAAGUCUGGUGUUGUCCCUAUGCAUAAUGCCUGCGGACCCACCCCAAGUGGUUCUUGCAUCCAAAGCUCGACAGUUAGUAAGAAGUUAAUUUAUUCUCCAAAAAUGCAGAAGACAAUGCUAAUAUCAUGUGUAAAGACAUCAGAAGCUAAAGAGACAUCCAAGUCCAAUGUUUCAUCAGAUAGCAUUCAACAAGGCUCAUUGGAGAAAACACCUCGGAGUGCUACUUUUCCUAAUGGAUUUGAGGCUUUGAUGCUAGAGGUCUGUGAUGAGACAGAGAUUGCUGAACUGAAAUUAAAGGUUGGAGACUUUGAAAUGCAUCUGAAGCGGAACGUUGGAGCCACCACAACUCCUUUGUCUAGCAUCUCACCAACAACACCACCACCUAUUCCAUCUAAACCCAUGGUUGAAUCAACUCCUGCUGCUCCACCUCCAUCACCACCAAAGUCCUCAUCUGAAAAGACCAGUCCAUUCAAAAAUGUUGCAUCACAGAAGAUAUCAAAAUUAGCAGCCUUGGAGGCUUCUGGAAGCAGUGGCUAUAUUCUUGUAUCUUCACCAACAGUUGGCAAAUUCCAAAGAGGCAGAACAGUGAAAGAAAAGAGGCAACCACCUAUAUGCAAAGAGGGUGAUGUUAUUAAAGAGGGACAAGUAAUUGGAUAUGUGGAGCAGUUUGGCACUGAACUUCCUGUGAAGUCGGAUGUUGGUGGAGAAGUUUUUAAGAUCCUCUUCAAUGAUGAAGAAGCCGUUGGCUAUGGAGACCCACUCGUCGCUAUCUUGCCAUCGUUUCAUGGUAUCAAUAUCAAGUGAAAACGACCGCACUCACUCAACCCUCGAUCCACAUUAAAUCCCAAUAGCUGGAGUUGGAAAUGUCUGAGGGGUUUGAAAUUUUCAUUUUUCUAAACAUUUUCAUUCUUUUUGGAUCAAGUAGUUGGUUAAAAUGUAUUUGACAUCUCUCUGGUCAGUUAAAAUGAGUGCGCAUGGGAGGAAUAAUAGAUUAUAAGAAAGAAUUCGUUGUGUUCUAAGGACAAAAAUUUGUUAUGUUACUCAUUGAACUGCUAAUAUGUUCACGUAGGCACGAUUAUCCUGCCCCUCAUAAAGGCAGAAUUUCAUAAAUAUGUUCAUGUAAGCUCGAUUAUCCUGCCCCUCAUAAAGGCAGAAUUUCAUAUUACGCUUAUAAUCGUAACUUUUUUUGUGUUUUCCAA